AACGUCAACAUUCUUGCGCUCCCCUCCUAUAUCUAUACGAGUCACCACCGCUUCCGCCCAGUCAUCUCUUGACAGCUUCGACUCAGCCCACAGAGGAAAUUCGCCGUCUAUAAGAAGACGAGGAUUCGCGCAAGCUCUGCAGCAAAAGAACCCUUUUCUUACCUUUCCCAACACCAACACUAUCGAUACUACGCGUUGAUUAGAGCAACAAUGAUCCGCUCACUAUCAUCGCUCCAAGUCGUCGAGUCGCACGUCGUCUUCCGCUCCUUUUCGGACCUGUACGAGGUCGAGCAGCGCCAACAACAAAACCAAUCGCGACGGGCAUCUGCCUCCUCGUCGACAUCGUGGCUCGCACCCCUGCGGAGCAAGAAUGUCGCUACAUCGGCGUCGCGAUCAAGCAGCCGAAGAAGUAGCACGACGACGAGCAGCGCCGGCGACGCAGAGAGCACAUUUGGCUUCCACGACUUGAGCCGGUCAAGCUCAAAGACAUCGGCGCACACAGAGAUUGAGGAGGACAUCGAGGAGCGGGAGGGCCACGGUGCAGCUACGGGCAGCUACCUCUCGGCGCUCUACGACUCCAAGGUGGAAGCGAGGCUACGCCGAAAAGAGGCAGACGUGGCGACGCUUUACGACGAGCCAACGUCACUAGGCGAUGAGACCACGGUCCAAGGACAGGAUCUUUCACUGAAGAGGUUCCCUCCACGGCAUCACCGUUGA